CCUGCACCGCCUGCUGCGGGCCCCCCACCAGCUGGAUGACUGUGCGUUGCAGCUGUCUCACAAUGGUGCCUACUUGGAUUUAGAAUCUACUUUAUCAGAGCAAAAGGAUGAAUUGGAAGGUUUUCAGGAGGAUUCUGGAAGGGGCAAAAAACACAGUAUAAUCCUGAGGACCCAGCUGUCCGUCAGAGUCCAUGCCUGCAUUGAAAAGCUUUACAACUCCAAUGGACGGGAGCUGAGGCGGGCCCUCUUCUCCUUGAAACAAAUAUUUCAAGAUGACAAGGACUUGGUUCAUGAAUUUGUGGUGGCCGAGGGCCUGACGUGCCUAAUAAAAGUGGGAGCGGAGGCAGACCAGAACUACCAGAAUUACAUCUUGAGAGCGCUGGGACAAAUAAUGCUGUAUGUAGAUGGGAUGAACGGCGUAAUAAAUCAUAAUGAGACAAUCCAGUGGUUAUACACUCUCAUUGGGUCAAAGUUUCGCCUGGUUGUAAAGACAGCACUGAAGUUGCUCCUUGUUUUUGUGGAGUAUACAGAAUCCAACGCACCCCUCCUUAUCCGAGCUGUGUCCGUUGUAGAUGAAAAAAGAGGCCUCAAGCCAUGGUCCAAUGUCAUGGAGAUCCUGGAGGAAAAGGAUGGGGUGGAUACAGAACUGCUAGUUUAUGCAAUGACUUUAGUGAACAAGACACUGGCCGGCUUGGCAGAUCAGGAUUCCUUCUAUGACGUUGUGGACUCUCUAGAAGAGCUGGGGAUUGAAGCGGUUUCCCAGAGACACUUGAACAAGAAAGGAGCUGACUUGGACUUGGUAGAGCAAUUCAACAUUUAUGAGAUGACGCUCAGGCACGAGGAUGGCGACGACAACGGGGACCCCCCUCCCAGUUGCCGGAAAGACCGCAGAAGAGCCAGCCUGGGGUGUCCCGAGCGGAGGGGGCUGGAGCGGCGGAGGAGCCGGAGGCAUUCCGUCCAGACGGACAGGAGCACUUUAUCGGCGCCCGCCAGCCCCUGCACUCAAGGGAACCCCCCCUUCGCACGAGGUCACGGGCAGGGCUGCGAUGAGCUCAGUGAGAAAGAGGAAGCGGAUUGUGAAGAGGAGGAAGAGGAACAGCCAAUCACAGAGCCCAACACAGAGGAUGAGGGGGAGGAAGAGGCUGCUAGGCAGGCCCGAGCCAGGCCAUCUUUGGGUGGUCUUCUUACAUCAUCAUACCGGCAGCACCAGGAAUCUUUGGCGGCAGAAAGAGAGAGGCGACGACAGGAGAGAGAGGAGAGAUUACAAAGGAUAGAGCGUGAAGAGAGAAACAAAUUCAAUCGUAAUUAUCUAGAUAAACGAGAAGAACUCAGACAAGCAAGAGAAGAGAGAUACAAAUACUUGGAGAAAUUGGCAGCAGAAGAGUACGAGAAGGAGCUGAGAAGUCGGAGUGUCUCCAGGGGCAGGAGUGACUUGCCUCUGAACUUGGGGGUUUCUUCUGUCUCGCCGGCUCCCAUUCCCCAGUGUGUCAGUCCGGGGUCAACAGAUUCUCAGGAGGAACCGAGCACCCCUGUGACAUCUGGCGGGGGUCUUCCAGCCUCUGAAGUGAGCGCCAGUGAGCCCGAAUGCGAACCGGAAGCGGAGCCAGAGAGAGAAACAAGCCCAGAGCAGGACGAGGAGGGAGCAGGAACGCCUCGCGAGGCAGAGGCUGCCGAGGUGGGGCCAGAGAGCGAAGCGGAGCAAGGCCCAGAGCAAGAACCAGAAGAAGGCACCGUCCUGAGUGAAAAGGAGCGCCAGAACGAGGAAGUGAACGAGAAAGACAACUGCUCGGCCUCCAGCAUCUCCUCGGCCAGCAGCACUUUAGAGAGGGAAGACAAGUUAACCAGUGACAGUGAGGCUGGUCCAUGGUUACAGACCAUUCAAGAUGUCGGUGUGAAUGAUCAGGGCAGCAAUAUUCUCAAUAACAAGCGGUUCAUGCUGGAUAUGUUGUAUGCCCAUAACAAGAAGUCCAAAGAUGAAGAGGCUAAAGAGCUGGAGGAGAAGGCGGAGGAAAAGGAGGUGGCGGAGGCAGGCGAAGACACCAUCACCAGCUUGGCCAGCAGGAUCUCAAUCCUGCAAGCCACCAAGCAGGCCAAAGGUGAAAGUGUCAAAAAAAUGGAGAUUGGGGAUUUGGACAACCACGGCAGCGUGAAGGCCUUUACGGAAAGAUUCAAUAACGGCGAGCUGGCCAAAGGCUCAAACUUUCCCGAGAGUGAUUUCAGUGAAAAGGUCUCUGAAAAGACACCACUGCCGGCUAAGAAGGAAUCUGACUAUAUUUGGGAUCAGCUCCUGGCCAAUCCGAGGGAACUUAAAAUCAAAGACAUGGAUUUUACAGACUUGAGGGAUGACGACGACUUCGACGCCUUGGACAUGGAAAUGGGUCCUGCCGACUCUCUGGCUCCCCCUCCCCCUCCCCCACCUUCCUUUUUUGGACUGCCUCCUCCGCCCCCUCCCCUGCUUUAUGGAUGCCCACCUCCACCCCCACCCUCUGGUAAUUUAUUAGCUCCCCCUCCCCUGUUUGGCACUCCUCAGGGUUUGGGCUCUCCCCCACUUCACAGGGGUCAGCCAGCUUUCAUUAAAAAGAAGAAAACAAUCCGCCUGUUUUGGAACGAGGUGAGGCCGGUUGAGUGGCAGCGCAAGAACGACAGACGCUGCAAAGGAUUCUUGUGGUCGAAACUGGAGCCUAUUAAGGUGGACACAUCCAAGCUGGAGCAUCUCUUCGAGUCUAAAUCCAAGGAACUUCCUGUCACAAAGAAAACCGCUGCUGAUGGGAAGAGGCAAGAAAUCAUUGUGUUGGAUUCCAAACGGAGCAACGCCAUUAAUAUUGGACUGACAGUAUUACCCCCUCCGAGGACAAUUAAGACUGCCAUUUUGAACUUUGAUGAAUAUGCCUUAAAUAAGGAAGGAAUAGAGAAAAUUCUCACCAUGAUUCCCACAGAAGAAGAGAAACAGAAAAUUCAGGAGGCUCAGCUGGCCAAUCCCGACGUCCCUCUGGGCAGCGCCGAACAGUUCCUGCUGACUCUUUCUUCCAUCACCGAACUUUCCGCCCGACUUCAGCUGUGGGCAUUUAAAAUGGAUUACGAGCUUGUGGAAAAGGAGGUGGCAGAACCACUUUUGGACUUGAAGGAAGGAAUGGACCAGCUAGAGAACAAUAAGACUUUGGGAUUUAUCUUGUCUACUCUGCUAGCUAUUGGAAAUUUCCUCAAUGGAACCAAUGCCAAAGCCUUUGAACUGAGCUACCUCGAGAAGGUUCCAGAAGUAAAGGACACGGUGCAUAAGCAGUCUCUUCUACAUCAUGUCUGCACAAUAGUGGUGGAGAAAUUCCCAGACAGUACAGACCUUUAUUCUGAGAUUGGGGCCAUUACUAGGUCAGCCAAGGUUGACUUUGAACAACUUCAGGACAAUUUAUGUCAGAUGGAGAAGCGGUGCAAAGCAUCCUGGGAUCACCUGAAAGCAAUAGCAAAGCAUGAAAUGAAACCAACUCUAAAGCAAAAAAUGUCUGAGUUCCUUAAAGACUGCGCAGAACGAAUAAUAAUCCUCAAGAUUGUCCACAGGAGAAUAAUUAACAGGUUCCACUCGUUCUUGUUAUUUAUGGGCUAUCCUCCUUACACAAUCCGGGAAGUGAACAUCAAUAAGUUCUGCAAAAUUAUUAGUGAAUUCGCCCUCGAAUAUCGCACCACCAGAGAACGGGUUUUGCAACAGAAGCAAAAACGAGCCAAUCACAGGGAGAGGAAUAAAACCAGAGGGAAGAUGAUCACAGACUCUGGGAAGUUCUCCUGCGGUUCUCCAACACCUCAGAACCAGCCACAGGGGCUGCAAUAUGCUGAAGAUGCGGCAGAGCAUGAGCACAUGAAAGCUGUCCUGAAGACAUCGUCUCCAAGCGGGGAAAACACCACCAUGUUAGGAGUGCGCACUCGAAGCAGAGCCAGCCGAGGCCGUGUCGGUUCCUGGACUGCUGGCAACGAUGAGUCACCUAAUGCCACUGAUGAUGCAGCAGAUGAGAUCAUGGAUCGGAUUGUCAAGUCUGCCACACAAGUGCCAAGUCAGCGAGCCGUGCCCAGGGAAAGGAAGCGAUCCAGAGCAAACAGGAAAUCGCGUAAGUAG